AUGGCCACAACAAAACAAGAGGAGGUGGAAGAUGGGCCUCUUGGCUCCGAAGGAACACACUAUCUCUUCGACGUUAUCGUUAGUGAGUUUGAUGGUAGCCCUUGUAAAGAGAAAUACACAGAUAUAUUUGCCGAUAUCGUCUUUGGUUUAUGCGAACUACACCGCCGAAGAAAACCAUACACCACCUCAGACCACCUCGUAGCCAUCAUAUUCCUCAUACUGCUCGUAGCUUGUAGAGAUGUCGCCAUCCUAGGUGGCUGGAGAGGAUCUGCUUUGAUGUCAACUGGCAUCCAAUCGAUAUUUAGUGUCACAAACACUGAUGUAGCUGAGGUUUAG